AUGAUCCAAUCGGUUUUCGAUACCGCCAAAUAUAAUACUCGGCUCCAUCCAGCUCGAGAGAGUAGCCACUUCGCUUGUGCGAAUGUCGGCCCGAGUAAGAAGUUCGCCCCAAAGAGCAGAAAAACCGGAAACAAAAUGUCACGACCUCAGCCCGAAAUUGGAACCUCGCACCCGAAUGGCGAGAUACCCAACCCUAUCCAUCCCGGCAGCGCAGCCGUUGCCAGUGCGCAUGAACCCAACAUUGGCGUUCCGGGAAUUUGGGAAAUUACAGGAUUCAAGAAGUAA